GCAUUUUACAAGAUGUGUUGAAAGAGUAAAGUAAGUUAUAAAAGUUUUUAAAAAGAAAAAAUUUUUAAGGGCUGGUGGAGUGGCUUAAGUGGUAGAACACCUGCCUAGCAAGCAUGAGGACCUGAGUUCAAACAUCAAUGCUGCCAGAAAAGAAGAAAAGAAACCAUUAAAAAAAUUUUUUUUUUUUAAAGUUUAAAAUGUUAUUUUAACAUUCGAUCCCCUUGGCCUUAAGCCUUUUAGAGUCCCUGAGAUAUUCCUAGACUGGAUGUACUUAAUGGUACUUUACUGCGUGUGACCUAUAAGGAAAUUGAAUCUAGAAUUUUACUGACAAUUUUCUAAUUUAUUUUAAAUAGGAAAGGUUUGAAAACUUUUACCAUAACAACUUAAAAGUCCCCACCAGAAAAAUUGAGAACAGAAUGUUACCUAAAAUAAACAAGCCGCCAAGGGGAUAAAUACAUCUUAUAUUGUUUAUUCAUCAGUGUUAUUAAUAUAAUCAUUAAUGCUUAAUAAUUCUGAGUUGUUCUUCUAGGGUCGAGUGAUAAAGGGGUCCUAUAAGUUCCAUGCCAUCAUCACUACAUUUGAGAUGAUUUUGACUGAUUGUCCUGAGCUGCGGAAUAUUCCAUGGCGCUGUGUGGUCAUUGAUGAAGCCCACAGGCUGAAGAAUAGGAACUGCAAGCUAUUGGAAGGACUCAAGAUGAUGGAUUUGGAGCAUAAGGUGCUGCUGACUGGGACCCCACUGCAGAACACUGUGGAGGAGCUCUUUAGCCUGCUGCAUUUCUUGGAACCAAGUCGCUUCCCUUCAGAAACCACCUUUAUGCAAGAAUUUGGUGAUUUAAAAACAGAAGAGCAGGUGCAAAAACUUCAGGCUAUUCUAAAGCCAAUGAUGUUGAGACGGCUCAAAGAGGAUGUAGAAAAGAACUUGGCCCCCAAAGAAGAGACCAUUAUUGAAGUUGAGCUAACAAACAUUCAGAAGAAAUAUUACCGAGCCAUCCUUGAGAAGAAUUUUACAUUUCUUUCCAAAGGUGGUGGACAAGCUAACGUACCUAACCUUUUAAACACUAUGAUGGAAUUGCGAAAGUGCUGCAAUCAUCCGUACCUGAUCAAUGGUGCCGAAGAGAAAAUUUUGGAAGAGUUUAAAGAAACACACAAUGCAGAGUCUCCAGAUUUUCAGCUCCAGGCAAUGAUCCAGGCUGCUGGCAAGCUAGUUCUGAUUGACAAGCUGCUGCCAAAACUGAAGGCUGGUGGCCACAGGGUGCUUAUCUUUUCCCAGAUGGUGCGCUGCCUGGACAUACUGGAAGACUACCUCAUCCAGAGACGGUACCCAUAUGAAAGGAUCGAUGGCCGAGUAAGAGGCAACCUCCGCCAGGCAGCUAUUGACAGAUUCUCCAAACCUGAUUCUGACAGGUUUGUUUUCCUCCUGUGUACGAGGGCAGGAGGUUUAGGCAUUAAUCUCACUGCUGCUGAUACCUGCAUCAUCUUUGAUUCAGACUGGAAUCCCCAAAAUGACCUCCAGGCUCAGGCUAGAUGUCAUAGAAUAGGACAGAGUAAAUCUGUGAAAAUCUACAGGCUGAUUACAAGAAAUUCCUAUGAAAGGGAAAUGUUCGACAAGGCUAGUUUGAAGCUUGGUCUGGAUAAAGCUGUGCUGCAGUCUAUGAGUGGAAGAGAAAAUGCUACCAAUGGGGUACAACAGCUUUCCAAGAAAGAAAUAGAAGAUCUUCUACGAAAGGGGGCUUAUGGUGCACUCAUGGAUGAGGAAGAUGAAGGGUCUAAGUUUUGUGAAGAAGAUAUUGAUCAGAUUCUUCUACGGCGAACCCACACUAUUACCAUUGAGUCUGAAGGAAAGGGUUCCACAUUUGCUAAGGCCAGUUUUGUUGCAUCUGGAAAUAGGACAGAUAUUUCCUUGGAUGAUCCAAAUUUCUGGCAAAAGUGGGCUAAGAAGGCUGAAUUAGACAUUGAUGCCUUAAAUGGGAGGAACAACCUGGUUAUUGAUACUCCACGAGUGAGAAAGCAAACCAGGCUGUACAGUGCAGUGAAGGAGGAUGAGCUGAUGGAGUUUUCAGACUUGGAAAGUGAUUCUGAGGAAAAACCUUGUGUAAAGCCACGGCGUCCCCAGGAUAAGUCACAGGGCUAUGCCAGGAGCGAAUGUUUCCGAGUGGAGAAGAAUCUGCUCGUUUAUGGCUGGGGCCGGUGGACAGACAUCCUGUCCCAUGGACGCUACAAACGUCAACUCACCGAGCAAGAUGUGGAAACCAUCUGCAGAACCAUCCUUGUGUACUGUCUCAACCAUUACAGAGGGGAUGAGAACAUCAAAAGUUUCAUCUGGGAUCUGAUCACGCCCACAGCUGAUGGCCAGACACGAGCUUUAGUCAAUCAUUCUGGUCUGUCAGCCCCAGUGCCAAGGGGAAGGAAAGGGAAGAAGGUGAAAGCCCAGAGCACACAGCCUGUGGUGCAGGAUGCUGACUGGUUGGCCAGCUGCAACCCCGAUGCCCUGUUCCAGGAGGACAGCUAUAAGAAGCACCUGAAGCACCACUGCAACAAGGUCCUGCUGCGUGUCCGCAUGCUGUACUACCUAAGACAAGAAGUGAUAGGAGACCAGGCGGAUAAGAUCCUAGAGGGUGCUGACUCAAGUGAAGCAGAUGUGUGGAUCCCUGAACCUUUCCAUGCUGAAGUUCCUACAGAUUGGUGGGAUAAGGAAGCAGAUAAAUCCCUCUUAAUUGGAGUGUUCAAACAUGGCUAUGAGAAGUAUAACUCCAUGAGAGCUGACCCCACACUGUGCUUUCUGGAACGAGUUGGUAUGCCUGAUGCCAAGGCCAUAGCUGCUGAGCAGAGAGGGACAGACAUGCUAGCAGAUGGUGGUGACGGUGGAGAAUUUGAUAGAGAAGAUGAAGACCCUGAAUAUAAGCCAACUAGAACACCAUUCAAAGAUGAAAUAGAUGAAUUUGCAAAUUCUCCUCCGGAGGAUAAGGAAGAGUCCAUGGACUUGCAUGCCACAGGCAAGCACAGUGAGAGUAAUGCUGAGUUAGGCCAACUUUACUGGCCUAACACUUCAACCCUGACUACGCGUCUGCGCCGGCUCAUUACUGCCUAUCAGCGCAGCUAUAAAAGGCAACAAAUGAGGCAAGAGGCCUUAAUGAAGACUGACCGGCGUAGACGGCGGCCUCGGGAGGAAGUGAGAGCGCUAGAGGCGGAAAGGGAAGCUAUUAUAUCUGAGAAACGGCAAAAGUGGACAAGAAGAGAAGAAGCUGAUUUUUACCGUGUGGUGUCCACCUUUGGGGUUAUUUUUGACCCCGUGAAACAGCAGUUUGACUGGAACCAAUUCCGAGCCUUUGCCAGACUUGACAAAAAGUCUGAUGAGAGUUUGGAGAAAUACUUCAGCUGCUUUGUGGCCAUGUGCAGGCGGGUCUGUCGAAUGCCAGCCAAGCCAGACGAUGAGCCUCCUGACCUCGCCUCCCUGAUUGAGCCCAUCACAGAGGAACGGGCCUCUAGAACUUUGUACCGCAUUGAGCUGCUACGAAAGAUCCGUGAGCAGGUCCUGCACCACCCGCAGCUGGGAGAGAGGCUGAAGCUCUGCCAGCCCAGCCUGGAUCUUCCCGAGUGGUGGGAGUGUGGAAGGCAUGACCGGGACCUACUGGUUGGUGCUGCUAAGCAUGGGGUCAGUCGGACAGACUACCACAUCCUCAACGACCCCGAGCUGUCCUUCUUAGAUGCACAUAAAAACUUUGCUCAAAACCGAGGGGCAAGUAACGUCUCUUCCUUGAACCCACUGGCUGUGGGCUUUGGCCAGACUCCUCCAGUUGUCUCAUCAGUUCACAGUCACGAAGAGAAGGUACUGGAACAAGUUGAAGGCAAAAUAGAAGAGUCUGAAAACUCGACAGCCAAAGAGAGGUCUCAGGGGAAAAAUGAGGAAGAAGAAGCUGAUGGUGGGGGCAAGGACAGCAAGCAGGAAUGUGAGGUGGAGGACAGCUCUGUGAAGAGUGAGCUGAAAGGGGCUGAGGGCAGUGCAGAACCUGGGUCCAAGCCUGUCUCGGAGAAAGGCUCUGAAGAGGACGAAGAAGAAAAGCUGGAGGAUGAUGAUAAGUCGGAGGAGUCAUCCCAGCCUGAAGCAGGAGCUGUCUCUAGAGGGAAGAAUUUUGAUGAAGAAAGCAAUGCCUCUAUGAGUACUGCUAGGGAUGAAACGCGAGAUGGAUUCUACAUGGAGGAUGGAGAUCCUUCAGUAGCUCAGCUCCUUCAUGAAAGAACAUUUGCCUUCUCAUUUUGGCCUAAGGAUAGAGUAAUGAUAAACCGAUUAGACAACAUCUGUGAAGCAGUGUUGAAAGGCAAAUGGCCAGUAAAUAGGCGCCAGGUGUUUGAUUUCCAGGGCCUCAUCCCUGGUUACACACCCACCACUGUGGACAGUCCCCUGCAGAAGAGGAGCUUUGCGGAGCUCUCUCUGGUCGGCCAGGCCAGCAUUAGUGGGAGUGAAGACAUCACUACUUCUCCUCAGCUGUCAAAGGAAGAUGCCCUCAACCUCUCUGUCCCUCGUCAGCGACGGAGGAGAAGGAGAAAAAUCGAAAUCGAGGCCGAAAGAGCUGCCAAGAGGCGAAAUCUCAUGGAGAUGGUUGCUCAGUUGCGAGAGUCUCAGGUGGUCUCAGAAAAUGGACAAGAAAAAGUUGUAGAUUUAUCAAAGGCCUCACGAGAGGCAACAAGUUCUACCUCAAAUUUUUCAUCUCUUACUUCAAAGUUUAUCUUGCCUAAUGUCUCGACACCAGUGUCUGAUGCCUUUAAGACUCAAAUGGAACUGCUCCAAGCAGGCCUUUCACGCACACCCACAAGGCAUCUGCUUAAUGGCUCCCUAGUGGAUGGAGAGCCUCCACUGAAGAGGAGACGGGGCAGGAGGAAAAACGUGGAGGGCCUUGAUCUGCUUUUCAUGAGCCACAAACGGACGUCAUUAAGUGCGGAAGAUGCUGAGGUGACCAAAGCUUUUGAAGAAGACAUAGAAACCCCACCAAUAAGAAACAUUCCUUCUCCCGGACAGCUGGACCCAGACACGCGGAUCCCUGUUAUAAAUCUUGAAGAUGGGACGAGGCUGGUGGGGGAAGAUGCUCCUAAAAACAAGGAUUUAGUUGAGUGGCUGAAGUUGCAUCCUACUUACACUGUUGACAUGCCAAGUUAUGUACCAAAGAAUGCAGAUGUGCUGUUUUCCUCGUUUCAGAAACCGAAACAGAAACGACAUAGAUGUCGAAAUCCUAAUAAAUUGGAUAUAAACACUUUGACAGGAGAAGAAAGGGUGCCUGUUGUUAAUAAACGAAAUGGGAAGAAGAUGGGUGGGGCUAUGGCGCCUCCAAUGAAGGAUCUACCCAGGUGGCUGGAAGAAAAUCCUGAAUUUGCAGUUGCUCCAGACUGGACUGAUAUAGUUAAGCAGUCUGGUUUUGUUCCUGAGUCAAUGUUUGACCGUCUUCUUACUGGACCUGUGGUUCGAGGAGAAGGAGCGAGCAGGAGAGGAAGAAGGCCCAAGAGUGAAAUUGCCCGAGCAGCCGCAGCGGCUGCUGCUGUUGCCUCCACUUCAGGGAUCAACCCUCUGUUGGUGAACAGCCUGUUUGCUGGGAUGGACUUGACGAGCCUUCAGAAUCUCCAGAACCUCCAGUCUCUCCAGCUGGCAGGUCUCAUGGGCUUCCCUCCAGGACUGGCAACAGCUGCCACUGCCGGAGGCGAUGCUAAGAACCCUGCUGCCGUGCUGCCCCUGAUGCUGCCAGGAAUGGCUGGCCUGCCCAAUGUGUUUGGACUGGGUGGGCUGCUGAACAACCCUCUCUCAGCUGCUACUGGAAACACCACUACUGCUUCUAGUCAAGGAGAACCGGAAGACGGCACUUCAAAAGUUGAAGAGAAAGGAAAUGAAAAUGAAGAUGAGAACAAAGACUCUGAGAAAAGCACAGAUGCUGUUUCGGCUACUGACUCUGCAAAUGGAUCUGUUGGUGCUGCUACUGCCCCGGCUGGAUUGCCCUCCAACCCAUUAGCCUUCAACCCCUUCCUCUUGUCCACCAUGGCCCCAGGCCUCUUCUACCCAUCCAUGUUUCUACCUCCAGGAUUGGGGGGAUUGACGCUGCCUGGGUUCCCAGCUUUGGCAGGACUCCAGAAUGCUGUGGGCUCCAGUGAAGAAAAGGCUGCUGAUAAGGCCGAGGGAGGCCCCUGUAAAGAUGGAGAGAACCUCGAAGGCAGUGAUGCUGAGGAGAGCCUGGACAAGACUGCAGAGUCCUCCAUCUUAGAAGAUGAAAUAGCACAGGGUGAAGAGCUAGACUCACUUGAUGGGGGGGAUGAAAUAGAAAAUGAUGAAUAACCAGUACCAGUUCCAGUUAAAGUGUUUAAAACUUUUGACAAGUGGUAGUCCUACUGUUUACACUCACAGUUAAUGUUCAUACCUAGUUUUAUAAGCUGUUCUGUAACAUAGUGUAGCAAAAAGAAAAAGGAAAAAAAAAAGUCCAAGUCAUGUUAUACAGGUGUGUCAAAAGGUAUCUUGGUCAUUAAGUAUUGUGCAGUGCAUUAUUUAUUAUCCCUAGGAGAGAUGAAAUUUGAGAAGUGAUCAUGUCUUUUUAAGGAAACCUACAUAAUGCUCUGCUUUUUUUCUUUUGGUACCAUUGGUAUUAUAAUAAAGAGCAAUUUGUAACUGAGUGGCACUAAUGGAAGGAAGUGCUGCUCAAAGGAAGAAUGAAGUUAUAUAUUUAAGUUUUUAACUUUAACUUUUAAUUUUUUUGCUGUGAAGGUCAAGAUGAAAUUUACCAUACAUAUCAUACUUGCUCAUUCAUUUCCCUUUUGACUGUAUGGGGGUUCCCACACUUGCGCAUACACACACAUCCAUACACUCUGACAAUCUCCACGUUAGUGUGAACGUCUCUGUCCUGAGGCGCAGCAAUAAUAAGGCAGCUGUUGAAUGUGAAGGGUCCCUUUGGAAAAUUAACCUACUGGGAGGGUUCUUGCCAGACAGAACUACAGUUCCAUUGUCUCGUGGUCUUGUAAUGCACUGGUAUAAACAAAAUAAAUAGAAGAUUAAAAAAUAAAGAGAGAAGUGAGAAUCAGGUACCUUUUUUAAAUUAAAGGACUUUGUUACUUUAGCCACAAAGCUAAAACAGCAUUACCUCAGCUCUAAACUAGCCUUGAAGUUUACAGACAUGACUUUGUAAAUGUAUUGUUUUUCUUUGUUGUGAUGUCCUUUUAUUUUUUUCUUUGAAAACUGCUAUCAUGUAAGAUAAAAUGUAAAUUGCUGCCAACUGUAGUAAUGAUGCUUUUAAUAAAAGUGACCCAUGAUAUGCAGAGAUGUAA